CAUUCCACUGAUUCAAGCUAUACCCAACAAUCGACUUGAACGUUCUGUCUACCUGAUUAUGAUGGUAUCCCUCACUAUCGUAUCUAUCGCGCUCACUAGCAUCAUAUUCAAGUCAAUACUCUCGAGGGAAAACUUGAACAUUCAAACACGCACCCGAAGGCGGCAGGAAAAUUUUACUUUCAUGGGCGACGACUUUCCUGAGUCCCUAGUACCUGACGCGGGCAAAGUGAGAUUCGUGGUGGAGGAAAGCGUACGAUUUGCGCUAGACCUUCCAGAGUCCAAGACGGAAUGGCUUUCUACUUCUCCCCCGGGGACCGGACAUGUAGUUCUGGGUGUGGAGAAUCGGUCUUUCUUCGUAGCCAUGUUCCAUCAGCUUCACUGUCUCAGGCUCUUCCGAGUGGCUCUCGCGGGUCCAAACUUUGAUCAAGAGCAUACUCAUCACUGUCUCAAUUAUCUAAGACAAUGGAUACUGUGCCAAGCAGAUCUAACACUGGAGGCAGGAGAUUUUACAACGCGAGACUUCGAACAACACCGCGUUGGUGCUACACACGUCUGCAGAGACUGGGGUGAGCUAUAUGACAGUGUUGCCAUCAAUUGGAAAGACCGGCAACAUGGAAAUCAUACAGCAGUAAGUCUCAGCGACUGUUAGUAUGAUCAAAUCAACUAACUUUUUCCCGGAUAAGUGAGUGGACGAAUUCCACACCUUUUAGUAGUAGAACUUGUAGUAGCGUGGGACACCCAUCCUCAAUUCAUGGUUAUUCAUUUCAGAUUUAUUCGUGUCCCAUAAUUAUACUUGAUACUUACAAA